UGUUUAAAAAUAAAUGAAGAACUAUACCAGAUUGAAAAGGAAUUUGGAAAUGCAAGAUUCCAUGAUAAUUUGGAAAAUGCUCAUAAUUCAUUGGAUCAGAUAUAUCAAAUCGAAGAUUUUUUACUAAAAAAUAAUCUUUUUCAGAAGAUUACCUCAGCAAAGAAUCAAAAGCUAUUCCAAACGAUAGAAAACAAUCAUGAAAACAUGCCUGUUUUUAAGGGACCCAAUUUAAGAGGAAAACUAGGAGAUCAAUGUGCAAGAAAAUAGAAAAUUGGUGAAUACUUUUCACGCCAUAGAAAAUGAAGAACCAAAUGGACAAACUCAGAUGAACAGUCACCUCAAAGAUGGAGAGUAUUCUUUUGGAAAAGUAGUUUGAGAAAAAUCUUGUCCAUGAGCUUUCUGGUGGUUAAUUUCAGUAGGAGUUGCCAUCCUGAUUCCUUCAUUGAUAGUAGCCUUACUUAAUAAAAGGCACAAUGUAUUUAAGAUUUACUACGGACAAGAAUUGAAAUAAAGCAAAUGGUCUCAUCUAUCUCAAUGAAGCAAUUGACGACAUCUUAUUAUUUGCUAACGAUAAUGAUCCUCAAGGAUUACAAUUUGAUGAUAAACUUGAUCAGUGAAACUCUUUUUUCGAGAAUUAUAAGGAAAAACUAAGCAAUUCAUAUGGACAUCAUGCUGAUCAGCUAGAAAAAUUAUUUGUAGCAUUUUGAAGCAAAUUUAAGAAUCAAUACAAAAACGAAAUUUUGAAUAUAAGUCAAGCUAAUGCAGAAGAGAUCAACUCUUUAGAAGCAGAAAUUAAAGUUCUAAAAGAAGAUAACAGAGUCAAAAAUGCUAAAAUUAACCAAAUGCAAAUAGAAAGAGACAAUGCUGCCAAAGAGUAUCAAUUUUUACGCAUGAAGUUUACUAAUGAGAUUAUGAAAUACUCAAUCGAAGAACUAAAUAGUCUCUCAUCAGAAAUCCUCAAUAAGGAUAUUUAUAAUGAAAAUGAUCCUCAAAUUGAGCUGAAGCUCAAAGAUCCAAGAUAUUUAGAGUUCCUUAGAGCAAUUGAUAAGAGAAUACCUGAUGCCACAAGAUUGUAUAUUGAUUAUAUUCCGAACAAUCAUGAAGAUGUUAAAUAUUACUUGGAGUAUUACUUCCCAGAGAAAGUUGAAGGAAUAUCUUUUAACUAUGGAUCAAAUGAAACUCUUCUACUUGACAAUUAUGUCAAAGAAUUAGUGUCAAUCGCUCCAAAGGUGCAAAAGCAUAUGGAACUCCAUAAUUUUGAAAUGAGCCAAGAUGAUCUGAUAGCACUACUUCCGAGUAUAAAGCAUCUGACCUGGCUUUCUCUGAAAAAUGGUAAAUUAAGCCUUCCUUCAGUUCCUGACUUCGGAUAUAUUCUUAAUGAAAGCAAGUUAACAGGACUCUCUUUAACUUACCUCAACAAGAAUUUCUUUGCCAAUCAAGGAAGAGAUUCUUCAGAGUUUGAAAACUUAAUCAAAGGCCUCUCUAAGUCUGAAGACUUUAAGUCAAAUCUAGAAACUAUUUUGGUACAUCAAUGUGGAAGAUCAAAGAAAGAAAUUCAAGAUAUUUUAUCCAGACAUGGAUUUGAGAAGGUUUAUGUUGCUGAAAUAUAAAAAAGUUUGAUUCCGCUGUUGAGAAUUAACAAUUGAGGUUAUUCUAAU